AUGCAAAUGACAACGGAAACAGAUCACAACGAGCCGAGGUGCUACAUCUCCGUCAGCGAUCGGGCAAUUCCACAUCACACCGCCCACAAGCACGAACAACAGCCAACGACAACGCCAACCAAAACCGACCACGAUUAUUUAUGCAAACGACAACGGAAACAAAUCACAAUGAGCUGA